UCAGACAGCGAGCACCUGCUGCUCUGUAAUGAUUCAGCCUCUUUCAGCCGCCGCUGUAACACGACAGGAUGCUGCUGCUACUGUCACUUCUACCGUUGCCGCUGUUGUUAGAGAUUUUGCUUUUGCUCCUUCUACCGCAUGACAAUUGUUUUCCUCGUCUGAGCAGAUACCAGCCUCAGAUGCUCAAGGUGAGAGUCUUGCCUUUCGCUCUGGGCUACUGGUUUACUUAA